UACGGUUCACUUAACUGUCGACAUGUCUGAAUUACCGGAUUACAUGAAAGUUCUUAUCAAAGAAGAGGAGAAACCAUCGUAUGUGUACAAAGAAAUUCCUGUUCCACAACCAGGAAACGGCGAAUUACUCGUAAAAGUUCUUAAAGUCUCUAUAUGUGGUUCGGAUAACAUAUUGUAUCAAUGGGAUGAAGCUGCAAAGGCAAUAGCAAUGCUACCUUUCAUUCCUGGUCAUGAGUGUGUUGGAGAGGUAGUGAAGGUUGGUCCUGAUUGUGAGGGAAAAUUUUUCAUUGGGCAGCGUAUUUGUUGUGAAAAUCACUUUUAUUGUGGAAAGUGCUAUCAGUGUUUACAUGACUUACGCCACAUUUGCCAGAACUUGAAUCAGUUUGGCCAUGGAAGAGGAACAAUCUAUGGAGGUUGUGCUCAGUAUACCAUUAUUCCAGCAAGAUACUGUUACCAGUUGAAAACAAACCUUGAUGUGGACAGGGCUUGCCUAUUGGAACCAUUUGGUGUGGCGCAUCAAGCAAUGGAAGAGGUUUGUCCAACAGGAGACAGUGUACUCAUUCAAGGGUGUGGUCCUAUUGGCUUAAUAUCAGCUGGGAUUGCCAAGAGCAUGGGUGCUGUCAAAAUAAUUGCCACAGAUAUUGUGGAGGAAAGACUUCAAAAAGCAAAGCAAAUGGGUGCAGAUGUAUUAGUUAAUGGGAAGAUGGAAAAUCUCAAAGAUAUUGUUAUGAAAGAAACAUCAGGUGAUGGUAUUGGUUGCCUUGUUGAGUGUUCUGGAGCAGCGCCAUUAGUAAACAACUGUUUCUCCCUAUUGAGAAAAGGUGGAAGGGUCGUUCUAGUAGGAUUACUUAAGAAACCUCUUCAUGUAGAAAACUUUCUACAAGAUAUCUUAUUCAAGUCUCUGACAAUGAAAACAGUUCAUGGCAGGAAGAUUUUCAGCACUUGGGAAAAAUCAGAAGAGUUACUGUUUAACGACAAAGUUGAUGUUACUCCUGUCAUCACUCAUGAAGUACCAAUGAGCCAGUUUGAACAAAUCUGUGGAACGUUACUCCCCUCUCCUGUGGGGAGAGGUGCCAAGAGCUGAAAGGACGAAUAAGGAAUGAAAGUUUGAGAAUUGAUUUGAAAUAUCGAUAAUGCAGAACCAUACAUGAGGUAUAUAACUUUGAUUCAGGGGGAAGCAAAAAUCAAAGGACUAAAAGAUAACCAGAUUAGUAGAUCAAUAUUUUUUCAACUCCCUUCUCCACGCCCCCACAAAAUAAUUUUAUGCCAACGGUAAAUUUAUGACGUGCAAGCGGUAUUCCCCAAAAAUGCAACAUGGAGACUGGCGGGAAGGUUGA